GCAGAGCCCCGGCGCGAGGCGCGGCGCAGCGCGGCUCCCAGACUUCACCCCACCCAGCUCUGGCGGCCGAAGCCUCCGCAGGAAACUGCCCCAGUCUGGGGAGGGGGGCGGGAAUGCACGACCAGGACUCCUGGCUGGCCUGCAAGCUUUGGUCUCCACAGCUAGGAAACUCCUGCGGGCCGAUUCUGCAGAUCAAGAAGCGCCCGGGUUAGGAGACUCAGCCCCGAGCAAUUGGGGUAAGAGACCCUACCUGGCUGAUGCUCCCUCCUCAAACAAUACAUCGCCCUCCGGCACUAGACGCCUAGGUGGGAUUCGGAGUGGAGCGGGUCUCGGUGGGCCAGUCCUUAGCAACCCAGGGCUACGACGGGGCGUGGAGAGGAGCAGGCAGGGACGCGGCUGCAGCGCCUGGCGCACUGGAAGUGCAGAGGACGCGCUCGCCUGCCUAGGCUGCCGCGCCCUUGACCUCUAGUUUCAGCAGGGAAUCUGGGUGGAGGAAUAAUUUAGGAGCCCACGGAACUGACUAGCAACCGGGAGACAAGACUUUGGUCUCCGCGGUCCUUCCGCCCUUUCCCUCGUUUGCUCCAUGCCCAAGAGCUGCGCUCCAGAGCCGUGCCGGCGAGGAGAGACAUGGAAGACACCGGCACUCAGUGCGCCCCGCCGCCGCCCGCGGGCUCCCAGACCGGGGUUUCUCAAGCCAAUCUCUCCUCUGCUCCCCACAACUGCAGCGCCGAGGGCUACAUUUACCAGGACUCCAUCGCCCUGCCCUGGAAAGUACUACUGGUCAUGCUGCUGGCACUCAUCACUUUGGCCACCACGCUCUCCAAUGCUUUUGUGAUCGCCACUGUGUACCGGACCCGGAAGCUGCAUACCCCAGCCAACUACCUGAUCGCCUCCCUGGCGGUCACGGACCUGCUCGUAUCCAUCCUGGUGAUGCCCAUCAGCACCAUGUACACGGUUACCGGACGCUGGACGCUGGGCCAGGUGGUCUGUGACUUCUGGCUGUCGUCGGACAUCACCUGUUGCACCGCUUCCAUCCUGCACCUCUGUGUCAUCGCUCUGGACCGCUACUGGGCCAUCACGGACGCUGUGGAGUACUCAGCUAAAAGGACUCCCAAGAGGGCCGCGGUCAUGAUCGCGCUGGUGUGGGUCUUCUCUAUCUCCAUCUCGCUGCCGCCCUUCUUCUGGCGUCAAGCCAAAGCCGAGGAGGAGGUGUCGGACUGCGUGGUGAACACCGACCACAUCCUCUAUACGGUUUACUCCACGGUGGGCGCUUUCUACUUUCCCACCCUGCUCCUCAUCGCCCUCUACGGCCGCAUCUAUGUGGAAGCCCGCUCCCGGAUUUUGAAACAGACGCCCAACAGGACCGGCAAGCGCCUGACCCGAGCCCAGCUGAUAACCGACUCCCCCGGGUCCACGUCCUCAGUCACCUCUGUUAACUCGCGGGCUCCCGAUGUGCCCAGCGAAUCCGGGUCCCCUGUGUACGUGAACCAAGUCAAAGUGCGAGUCUCCGACGCCCUGCUAGAGAAGAAGAAACUCAUGGCCGCUAGGGAGCGCAAAGCCACUAAGACCCUGGGGAUCAUUUUGGGGGCCUUUAUUGUGUGUUGGCUGCCCUUCUUCAUCAUCUCCCUGGUGAUGCCUAUUUGCAAGGAUGCUUGCUGGUUCCACCUGGCCAUUUUUGACUUCUUCACGUGGCUGGGCUAUCUCAACUCCCUUAUCAACCCCAUCAUCUAUACCAUGUCCAAUGAGGACUUCAAACAAGCAUUCCAUAAACUGAUACGCUUUAAGUGCACAGGUUGA